GGGGGCGUGCGCACCAUCGUCCUGAACAACCCGCGGCGGCGGAACGCGCUGUCGCUGCCCAUGCUGCAGAGCCUGCGGCGGGACCUGCUGCACGACGUUAAGAGCCGGGAGCUGCGCGUCAUCGUCAUCGCGGCUGAAGGACCUGUAUUUUGUUCUGGCCAUGAUUUAAAAGAACUGUCAAGUGAAGAUGAUGUGAAGCAUCAUUCCCAAGUGUUUGAAUUAUGUGCAGAGGUUAUGACUUUAAUCCAGAAACUUCCAGUGCCAGUGAUUGCCAAAGUAAACGGCUUGGCUACAGCAGCUGGCUGCCAGCUCGUGGCAAGCUGUGACAUCGCAGUGGCAAGUGAGAAAUCUCAGUUUGCUACACCUGGAGUAAACAUUGGGCUGUUCUGCUCCACACCAGCUGUGGCCUUGGGCAGAUCUCUUCCAAGAAAGGUGGCACUGGAGAUGCUUUUCACGGGUGAACCUCUCUCUGCCCACGAAGCGUUAAUGCACGGGCUGGUCAGCAAGGUGGUACCAGAAGACAAGCUGGAAGAAGAGACCAUGAAAAUCUCUCAGAAGAUAUGUGAAAGCAGCAAAUCUGUCCUGGCCUUGGGGAAAGCCACCUUUUACAGACAGAUAACCCAGGACCUUGACACUGCUUACAAAAUAACUACAAAGGUCAUGGUAGAUAAUUUGACUUUGAGAGAUGGGCAGGAAGGCAUUGAAGCCUUUGUUCAGAAGCGUAAGCCUGUCUGGUCACACUCUCAGGAGAAGAAAUGAGUCCUGUCUCUAAACAAACCUAAGCUGAGCUUUAUGAUUCUUCCCGCAGUUGCCUUUGGGUACUAUAUUUUCAUUCUUACAAAUGCUAGGCGCAAUAAAUUUACUCUAAGUAUGUAAUAAAUGUUAAGAAAAAUCAAAGAAAAUGGGUUUUCUUAGCAGUGAAUUUAAUCUGUGGUUUUAGAAGUAACUCUGUGCUGCAAAAAUCAGUUUAACAUGUUUCAGGUUAUAUGGGGAGUCACAGGGGCUGACAGAGCUCAGAUCACCUUGUUCAGAACCUCCCCUCCAUAGUUCUGGAUAAGAAAUACUAUUUAUUGUUAUUAAUAGAGAAUUGAAGGGCUUGGACACAUU